GGAGUCACCGGCGCUGAGCACAACUCCGUUUCCCACCCGACGACGCUAACGUGAAACCGCUCGGUGAAACGCUGCCUUUCGGAGCGUCGUGUCAGCGAAACGACAUGGGGGACCGAGUAGCUUUACUGCUGCUGGCCGUAGCGGCUUCGGCUCUGGCUGCCGAGGUGCCUACAGAUGUUUCCAUGGGUCUGUUGGCAGAGCCCCAGGUGGCCAUGUUUUGCGGUAAACUCAACAUGCACAUCAACGUGCAGAGCGGCAAAUGGGAGCCAGACCCCUCAGGCACCAAGAGCUGCAUCGGCACCAAGGAGGGCAUCCUGCAGUACUGCCAGGAGGUGUACCCAGAGCUACAAAUUACCAAUGUGGUGGAGGCCAACCAGCCAGUUAGCAUCCAGAACUGGUGCAAGAAAGGCCGCAAGCAGUGUCGCAGUCACAUGCACAUCGUGGUGCCCUACCGCUGCCUGGUGGGAGAGUUUGUGAGCGACGCCCUGCUCGUUCCUGACAAGUGCAAGUUCCUUCACCAGGAGCGCAUGGACCAGUGUGAGAGCCACCUGCACUGGCACACUGUAGCCAAGGAGUCCUGUGGAGACCGCACCAUGAAUCUCCACGACUACGGGAUGCUGUUACCAUGUGGCAUCGACCGCUUCAGAGGAGUGGAGUUUGUGUGCUGUCCCGCAGAGGCGGAGCGUGACACUGACAGCGCCGAGCAGGACGCAGAUGAUUCUGAUGUCUGGUGGGGCGGAGCAGAGACUGAUUACUCUGACAACAGUAUGGUGCGUGAGCCAGAGCCAGCGGAGCAGCAGGAGGAAACCAGGCCAUCUGUGGUUGAGGAAGAUGAGGAAGAGGAGGAAGUAGUGGAGGAAAAUGAUGAAGAAGAGGAGGAAGAGGACGUGCUGGACAACGACCAGGACGGAGACGGAGAGGAGGAUGAAGAGGUGGUGGAGGAGGAGGACGAGGAGGAGGAGGGAGACGAUGACAUUGUGGAAACGCUUGAUGAUGACUCUGACGAACCCACCACCAACAUUGCCAUGACGACAACCACCACGACCACCACCACUGAAUCUGUCGAAGAGGUUGUCAGGGAUGUGUGCUGGGCCAAUGCAGAGACUGGUCCAUGCCGGGCCAUGCUGCCCCGCUGGUACUUUGACCGCCAGGAGGGCCGCUGUGCUCAGUUUAUCUACGGCGGCUGCGGAGGCAACAGGAAUAACUUUGACUCUGAGGAGUACUGCCUGUCUGUCUGCAGCAGCGUCAUACCCACAGCCACACCCAGCUCCCCUGAUGCAGUGGACCACUACCUGGAGACGCCUGCUGAUGAAAACGAACACGCCCACUUCCAGAAGGCCAAAGAGAGCCUGGAGGCAAAGCACCGCGAGAGGAUGUCUCAGGUGAUGAGAGAGUGGGAGGAGGCUGAGAGGGAAGCUAAGAAUCUUCCACGUGCCGACAAGAAGGCCGUCAUCCAGCGUUUCCAGGAGAAGGUGGAGGCGCUGGAGCAGGAGGCAGCCAGUGAGAGGCAGCAGCUGGUGGAGACCCACAUGGCUCGGGUGGAGGCUCUGCUCAACGAUCGCCGCCGCUUGGCUCUAGAGAGCUACCUGACAGCACUGCAGCAGGACCCACCGAGGCCCCGCCACGUCUUCAGCCUGUUGAAGAAGUACGUGCGUGCCGAGCAGAAGGACAGGCAGCACACCCUCAAACACUUUGAACACGUUCGCAUGGUAGAUCCCAAGAAGGCAGCGCAGAUCAGACCUCAGGUGCUGACCCACCUGCGUGUUAUUGAGGAGCGUAUGAACCAGUCUCUGGGACUUCUCUACAAGGUACCUGGUGUGGCUGAUGACAUUCAGGACCAAGUUGAGCUUCUGCAGAGGGAGCAGGCGGAGAUGGCCCAGCAGCUGGCCAACCUGCAGACGGACGUGAGGGUGAGCUACGGCAACGACGCCCUGAUGCCCGACCAGGAGCUGGGAGACGGCCAGACAGACCUGUUGCCCCAGGAGGACACACUGGGCCUGGGGGGAGUCGGCUUCAUCCACCCUGAGAGCUUCAACCAGCCCAACACUGAGAACCAGGUUGAGCCAGUGGACUCUCGCCCCAAUCUUGACAGAGGCAUUCCCACACGACCAGUGACUGGAAUGAAGAUGGAGGCUAUUCCUGAGCUGCGGAUGGAGACAGAGGACAGACAGAGCACUGAAUAUGAAGUUCACCACCAGAAACUGGUCUUCUUUGCUGAGGAUGUGGGCUCCAACAAGGGUGCCAUCAUCGGGCUGAUGGUUGGAGGCGUCGUCAUAGCAACCGUGAUCGUCAUCACCUUGGUGAUGCUGAGGAAGAAGCAGUACACCUCCAUCCACCACGGAGUCAUCGAGGUGGACGCCGCCGUCACCCCAGAGGAGCGCCACCUGUCUAAGAUGCAGCAGAACGGUUACGAGAACCCAACCUACAAGUUCUUUGAGCAGAUGCAGAACUGAAGGGAAUGUCACAUGUGCGCACACACACACACACACACACACACACACACACACACACACACAAAAACACACA